AUGGCUGGUUUCCAAGCCGGAACAUGCUUGGCAGUGCUCUGCCUCUUCGUGCGGUACGGCACCGCUGCAGGCGGAAAGAAACUUUUCCAGGCGUCGAAGAAUGUCGACGAGCUGGAGGCAGCCAGAGUGGAGACCGAAAUCGCCAACGCUAGGAAUCCCUGGGUGGUGAUGUACUAUGCCGACUGGUGUCCACAUUGCCAUCACUAUGCUCCCGUUUUUGAGAGGAUUGCUGGUGCCGUGUCGCCUGCUCACCAAGGAGCCGUGCACUUUGGCGCUUUGAACUGUCCGGACUUCUUGGCCUUCUGCAUGAAGAUUCAAGUCAGCGGGUACCCUACCGUCCGGACGUACCACUUCAAAGGCGAUACUGGCUCGCCCUUGGGUGGGAAAAAUCCUGACAAAAAGAUGGUUCACCAGCAAGACGCCUUUGUUGCUUGGAUUCGAAAGAACACCCCUUCGCCUACGCAGCCUGGAACAGAGGCUGGCAACCUCACCCUGCUUGGUCUGCACACGGUGCCAGCAUUGGGGACAUCCUCGAUAAAUCCAGGACUGCGCGGUGCUCCAAGAAACGAGGCCGGAGGCGCCACAUCAGUUGCACCUGCCAGUGUUCUUCGCCAAACGGAGGUUCUCCGAGAUGCGCUACCAGCGCUUCACCUUGUUGAUGCAGAGGUGGCCAUAUUGUAUUCCCUCAGCCAAGGCGCUUUCCUCAAAGGCAGCGCAGAUGGCACGCUGAGAGGUCAGAGCUUGGAAGAGCUCCAGCGUUGGCUCGACUUCCUAAGUCGCAGAUUGCCAGGCUCCAGCCACCGUGAUCUGAAAGCAUUGGCGGACAAGACUCGUGAGGCCAUCGGCCUUUCUGAGACAGGAGAUGCGUUAGCGGUGUCGGCCUUCCAGCAACUCCUGUUGAAGCAGGGGCUGGACAGGGCACCUCCAGAGGCCGGUAGCAAACCCGAUGCGUACUGGCGUCGAUGCAAAGGUUUCACAUGUGGAUUGUGGACACUCUUUCAUGUGCUGAGCCAGGCCAAAGGUCCGCCUGAGACUGCUGGGCAGGAGCUGUUAACACGAAUCCGCGGAUUCGUAGCCAACUUCUUCGGCUGCCAGCAGUGCCGAGAGCACUUCCUAGAGGCUUUCGACGCUUGCAAGUUUGAUCGCUGCCGCCUGAAAGCCGAUGACACGGCUGGUGCGGCACUUUGGCUGUGGAAGGCGCGCGUUGAGAGUCGGAGCGUUCUUGGCCUCUGGGGAGAUGCGACUACGGCUGCGACACGCAUGUAUGAAUGA